AUGUCGAGGAUUUAUCUGUGGGCACUGGCAGCGAUCUUCGCCCUGCUGGCCUUUGGUGCCGGCCCUUCUGCCGCCCAAGCCCCCGGCUUCAAGGUCACCCUCACCCAGAACGGAUUGAACUAUGCGAGGCAGGUCGCGGUCGACUUCCUGCAGAAGGCCUUCCAGUCGGUGAGCCUGCCCGCGCAGGCCGGCAUCGCCCACGCGCCCGUGCUGGGCAAGGUCUUCUGGGAGCUGCAGGACAUCCAGCUGUCGGGCCUCAGCCUGCCCGACUCGGCCAUCACCAUUGUGCCCGGCCGAGGUGUCAACAUUGCCAUGCCGCACAUGAGGGGCCGCGGUUGGCUGAUCAUCGACGUCAUCGGCUCGUUCAUCAACGUGGGCAUCGAUGUGGGCGAGGCCGGGGGAAAGCCCACCCUUGCCGCCUCCUCGUCGAGCUGUGAGAUCGGCAAGCUGCUCAUCAAAGAGCACGGCGAUGCCAUCGCCACCGGCAUCACCAAGCUUCUCGACAGCGGGGCGAACGCGGCGUUGAGCACUAUCCCGUUCGUCGAGAAGUUCGGGGACGUGGCCCAGGUCGACUUCUCGCUCGUGUCGGCGCCCACCUUCGGCGGCAACUACCUCACCCUCAACUCCAAGGGCGAGUUCACCUCCCAAGCCCACCCCGUGAACCCGCCGUAUCAGCCGGGCGCGAUGCCCGACGAGGUGACGGGGCAGAUGAUGCAGAUCAUGCUGAGCCAGUACGUUGGCAACUCGGCCGGCUAUGUAUUCCAGCAGGCCGGCAAACUCCACGGCUUCCUCUAUGACAAGCUUUCGCCAGCGCUCAUGCCACAACGCCAGGAUCUGCCGUCGUGGUCGCCUAUUCGCCUCAACACGAACAGCUGGGCCCACAUCAUACCGGGCCUGACGCAGAAGUACCCCAACCACGAGAUGGAGGCCGAGCUGGUGGCCUCGGCCCCGCCCUCGGCCUCCUUCUCACCCAGCGGGAUCGUGAUCAACGGCCCCGGCCAGAUCGUCGUGUCCGUCAUUCCCCCGAGCGGCCAACCCGUCCCCGUCUUCGCGAUCAACAUCGCCUUCUCCGCCAGCGCCUCGGUGACCGUGCGAGGCGGUAGGAUCUAUUCCACCAUCAGUUACCUCAACUCGCCACUAUCGCAGGCUUGGUCGAAUGUGGGGCCGAUCGCGCUGUCGCUGCUGGACGGCAUCAUCCGCACCCUGUCCACGGACGUCAUCGUGCCGUUCGUCAACUACUACCUUUCGCACGGGGUCAACAUCCCCAUCAUCGAGGGCGUCCAGCUCGUCAACCCGAGCAUCCACUACGGCCAGGGCUACCUCGCCAUCUCCACCGACAUCAGCUACACCGUGUAA